UGUCUCAUUGCCUAUGUUAUUGUCGAAAGAAAAAAGACAAUCGAUUUUGGCGCCUUUUUCAGUCGAAAAUGAGAAUGGAGGAUUGUGUUUCCCAGCGGAUGUGUCAUCGUUUUGCUGGUCUUGUCGUUGACUGGCAUGUUUACACAGUUUGCUAAAGACCUUUUUCGUUAUUCUGAUAAGAUGGAGAAGUCUUCUGUUUCCGAUAUUUCAUCACCUAGAAGCAAAGAAGCACAACAAAAGCUAUUAGAAUUAACAAAGCACGGUUUGUUGAAAGUGGGUGAAAAGGUGCAGUUUUAUUACAAGGCCAAAGAGUUCGCAGCACAAGUGACUUCUGAAGGCUGCUUGUUAUACCAGGGGGAAAAUGGAGAAUCGGAACUCUUUCUUUCGCCUUCAGCGUUUGUUAACACAUUGGCAAAAAGACAAGGCCCUUCUAGUCGUGGAAAGUCGAAGCCAAAGUUGAACUUGAACGGUUGGGAGUUUUGUUUUGUGGCUGGUGUUAGUUUGUCGCAACUCAAACAACAGCUUGAAUCCAUACUACAAGCAGAAGGCACAGCAGGAUCUUCCUCAUGGAAAACAAAUAUAAAGUCGCAAGGAAAACAAGAGAGUGAAACUGGCGACACAGAAUCGCUUCUGAAAGAACAACAAUCAUCGGACCCAGAAGAUUCCAGUACACCUUUGAAGAAGAAACCAAGAAUUGAGAAGAACGAAGACUCGUGGGUUGCUGAUGCACAAAGGUUGGAAAAGUCACAAGAACAUUCUGCAGAUAUUUCACAAGUGGAGGAAGUGGUUGAAGAACGACAAGAAGAGGAAGAGAAAGAAAAUGAACAAGGUAAACAGGAAGAAGAUAGUCAACCAUCGGAGUCGGAAAAUGACGAUGGUAAAAAUCUGAAGAAACGAACUACUCGUCUAUCUUCAGGUUCUAUCAAACACAUUAGUUAUACCAAAGGAACCAAGCAGAUAAGCAACGAUGAAGCUUCCUCAGUAGAUCCUGAUAAAACGGACGAUGAUAAAGAACUGGACACGAUUGAAGGAACUUCAACGAGAGGAAGAAGAAGAAGACUUUCGGCAACCACAAGAAACAGUAGCCGGUUGGCUUCACAAAUAACGAAAUCUUCUAAAGGAAAACAGGAAGCUUCAUCAGACGAAGAGGAACGAUCCAUACCUCGGGUUUCCGGAAGAUACUUGAGAAGAGAUAAGGCUAGAGAAUCCAGUCCCAAAGUGAUGUCUACCCAGGAAGAUGACCAACAGAGUCAUUCAGACGAUAAUGGCGAAGUAAAACAAGAAAAUGAUGAGCUUAAUUCACAAGUGACUGGAGAAGAUGACGCAGAUGAUUUGGAAGGACCUUCAGCGUAUACGCUGCUUGAGCAGAUCAAGGAAGCUGAAAGGAUAGAGUUGCAUUGUGGUUGGUCCAAAGAAGAUCGAGAAAGUUUACUCGAUGCGUUGAGAGAUACCAAACAGUUGGAUCCAACAGUUCUUUCACAACAUAUGAUGGGAAGCAAAAGCUCUGAAGAGAUAACAGAAUAUCUAAAGGUAUUAAAGGAUAGACUUGUAGAGGCAACGAAAGACACUGGAUCGGAACCAAAUGUAUCAUUAUAUACCAUGCUAUUAUCUUUGGAGUUGCUUCACACUGGAGUUGUUGCAAAUGAUGGAGUAAUUUCUAAAAAAUUAGAACAUACUUGCAAGACUUCUAUUCAUAUGGACUCUCAGGACAAAGUUCUGCCUACUUCUAAAAGAACGAUAUCGGACACGGACAGGAUUCUGAAGAAGAUGCGAAAGGAAGUGGAAGAACUUCGCAACAAGGUUGAAAUGGAGAUGGCAGCAAGACGUGAUUUAGAACUGGAAAAGCAAUUGUUAGAAGUUCAGUUACAGGAAGCGAAACGGGCCACCGAAAGAGAAGCACGCAAGAGAGCAGCCAUAGAAGAUGAGAAUGAGGAAAUGAAAGUGCGUGAGUUGGAAACCCGUCGUCGUCUGGAUCGUUUAAAGCUUAAACUCACUGCAAUCAAGGGAGAGGUGAAUACUACGGAUGGAAAAGAUAAUAUGAAUUGUUCUGUAACAUCUCCAAGUGCAAUGCAUUCUAUGGAUAAUACAAAAGUAGUCAGUGGAGAAACAGCAAUGACAGAAGAGAAGGAUUCUAUUCAUGAAGAGCCUUGUGAGAUAGUUUCACCAUCUAAUCUUAAGGAACACAGUAAAGAGGAAAUGGAAAAGUUACAAGAAGAAGUUGAUCGUUUGAGAAGCAAAGUUGCAAGUUUAGAAACUGAAGUUAGUGACUUUCAACAAGAUGCAGAAAAUGAACGAAGACGGAAUUAUCAUUUGAUGGAAGCCAAAAAGUAUUUAGAAAUCAGCUUGAAUGAAGUUCUACACGCCUCGAAAAGCUCAUCUCCUGAUGAAAUGGAAGUCACUUCAAAUGAACAAUCUGUAACCGAGUUAGAGGCAAAGAGCAACUUUCUCCCAAAGGAUAUGAAUGAGAGAGUUUUUCCAAGUCUUUAUCGCUUCACUAGUUCUAUUGUAGCAAGAAGAAGGAAGUCACGCGCUUUCCGAAGUAUGCUAGUUUAGUUUAUUUCUAUAGAGCACAUAAGAUAUAUAGAAUGGACUUGUGUGUGGAUGAUGCUUUUUCUA